AUGCUAAUAUGCUCUUGUACAGUCGGCUUGAUCGUGGCUCGCCUGGCCAAAGGGUUGGGCAUGAACGUCAAUGCCGUUGACCCCUAUGCCUCGUCAGCAGUCGCUGCAUCUGCUUCGGUCACCUUGAUGCCGUCCCUCGCCGAGCUUCUCCCUACUGUUGACUUCUUAACUAUUCAUACCCCGCUAAUUGCCUCUACAAAGGGCAUGAUUUCAAGUGUUGAAUUGGCCCAGAUGAAGCCAGGCUCACGCAUUUUGAAUGUGGCUAGAGGAGGGACCAUAGACGAACCAGCCCUUAUGAAUGCCCUUGAAACCGGACACAUCGCCGGAGCAGCGCUAGACGUGUUUGCAACAGAACCCCCUACGUCUGGCUCGACCUCAGCACAACUGAUUGCCCAUCCGCGGGUAAUUCCAACUCCUCACCUGGGAGCCUCUACGGUUGAAGCGCAGGAGAACGUCUCAAUAGACGUGUGCGAGCAAGUGCUUCAGAUCCUGGGUGGCUCUCUACCGCGAAGUGCCGUAAAUGCACCCCUUAUACUACCGGAGGAAUACAAAAAGCUUCAGCCAUUUGUUCACCUUGUUGAGAAAAUUGGAAGCAUUUACACUCAGCAUUACGGGUCAGCGAAAAGCCCCCUCUCGAACCGGAAUACCUUUGAUCUUAUAUAUGAGGGCGAGGUCUCAGAAAUGAACAAUACAAAACCCCUCUUUGCUGCUCUUAUCAAAGGGCUUAUGUCCCCUAUCAGCAAAGACCUGAACGUGAAUAUUGUCAAUGCUGAACUGGUUGCUCGAGAACGAGGAAUAAUAGUCAACGAGCAGCGGUCAAGGGAUACCCCAUCCCACUCUUACUCCUCUCUCAUAACUUUAGUCGCACGGGCGGCAAAGGUGAAUGGGGAUAACUUGGGAUCCAGCCAUCAACAUGACUAUAUCAUUUCUGGGACAUGCUCUGAAUCUCAACCCCUGAUAUCACGCAUUGACCGGUUUGCAACAUCCUUUGUCCCUGAAGGAACGCUUUUGAUAUGUCAUAACUUUGAUUCUCCUGGAAAAAUCGGAGUUGUUGGCAGUAUCUUAGGGAAAAGGGGGGUUAAUAUCAACUUCAUGAGUGUUGCUCCGAUCUCCAAGGGGAAAAAACAGCAGAAGGAAAUUGAUUCCUCAGACGAGGCACUGAUGAUCCUGGGCGUUGAUAGAGCCGUGGAUGAAUGCGUGGUAAAGGGUCUUGUGAACGAGGGCGGAGUGUUAAGCGCCAGCGUAGUUUCUCUUUGA